AUGGUCCUCACGGACGUCAUCAAGCGGUGGCACGUGCUCAAAGGACAGACAGCACUGCUCUGUACUGGGACAGAUGAACAUGGCCUGAAGGUCCAACGAGCAGCCGCCAAAGCUGGCAUUGACCCGAAACUGUUUUGCGACAAAGGCGCCGAGAUCUUCCGAGAACUUGCACGAAAAGCCGAGAUCACGAAUGAUCAUUUCGUACGGACGACGGAUAGAGAGCAUAAGGAAGCUGUCGAGUAUGCAUGGUUCCUGUUGCAAGAGAAGGGCCUCAUAUACGAGCAGAAGCAUGAGGGGUGGUACUCAAUCACCGACGAAUGCUUCUACCCACAGUCAGCUGUACAACCGUACCUCGACCCACCGACAGGAAAGAAGAUGAUGACAUCGAUCGAAACGGGCAGUGAAGUGGAAUGGUCUUCGGAGACAAACUAUCAUUUCCGGCUCUCGGCAUUCCAGGACAAAUUGUUGGAGUUUUACAAGAACAAUCCCGAGUGGAUAGCACCAGAACAUCGCAUGAAGGAGGUUGUGCAGGCCGUUGAAUCAGGAUUGGAGGACUUGUCCAUAUCUCGACCAUACGAACGACUCACAUGGGGCAUUCGAGUCCCCGGAGACGACUCGCAAACUAUUUACGUAUGGCUCGACGCGCUCAUGAACUACGCAACCAAGGCAGGAUACCCAUGGACACCGGGCCGCGAACAAGCAGGCGGUUGGCCUGCCGACUGUCAUGUCAUCGGCAAAGAUAUUGUUCGAUUCCACUGCAUCUACUGGCCGGCUUUUCUCAUGGCCCUUGGACUUCCUCUUCCAAAGAAGAUUCUGACACACGCUCACUGGACUCUUGGAGGGUCCAAGAUGUCCAAAUCAACUGGCAGAGUUGUCGAUCCGUUCCACGCCAUUGAUCGAUUUGGACCGGAUGUUAUGCGCUUCUAUAUGGCUCGUGAAGGUGGUAUACAGGACGAUGCGAGCUACGAUAACUUUCGCAUUAUUGGGUUGUACAACAAGUUCUUGAACCAGCAACUUGGCAACCUAGCUUCUCGUGUUACACGAGGCAAGAAAUGGAGCGUCCGAGGCGCAGUCGAACGCAUUGGUGGAAGUCCAACAGAGGAAUGGGAAGAAGGACCAGGUUCUAAAUUCCGGAAUAACUCUCUCGCCACUAUCGCCUCGCAAGUAGACGCAUCCUUUGAUGCCUAUGAUCCGCGUAAAGCUGCCUCUCAAAUUGCUGAUUUUGUCCGAGGAUCAAACGCAUUCUUUCAGAUGUCACAACCCUGGGACAAGAUAUUGAGCUUCGGUCCGGGCGAGCCUGGCGAGGAUGUCGACAAGAUUAUCUAUCUUGCCGCUGAAGCACUUCGCAUUACCGGCAUUUUACUACAGCCGUACAUGCCGAAUAAGGCACGUAUGCUACUAGACCAGUUGGGCGUACAGCACGAUCGAAGAAGCUUCGAGUACUGCAAGCCUGGCGCUGAUCUAGACUACGGAACUCCAUUGGUGGAGCUGGGUGUAGCGCACAAGGGCCUUCUGCUCGGCGACGACGAACCGGACGAUUCGAACACGCAACAAGAGAUUACAGGAUGGGACGCAGCAGAGGGCGGCGCGCUCGAUGCCAACGGGAAGAAGGAGAAGGAGGCACCGCGCAUCAUUCAAGCUCUGCCAAACCGCGAUUGGCGCGCAGAGGCCCGACGGAAACAACUUGCGAAAGCGCCCCAUCAACAAGCGCAGAAUGUAACCGUCGACAAGAGCAAGAUGGAAGAGCCAAAAGUGCAAUAUGGACUUACCAUUAUCAAGAAGGACGAGGCGCAGGAAAACGGAGCUGCAGAAACUGAAGUGCCAGAACCAAUGGAGGUGGAGCAGGACAAUCUUACGGAGGAGCAGCGACUUGAGAAGAAAGCUCUCGAUGCGCUAGUCAGCGGCAAAUCCACCGACAACGACCUCGUCAUUCCCGUACAGACGGAAGAAGAAACGUUCCUAAAUGAUAUCCACAAUGCGCCCGACGCUCCCACCCUCGAAGCCUACGAAGCUACACCAAUUGAAGGAUUUGGCGCGGCUUUGCUUCGCGGCAUGGGCUGGAAAGACGAGGAAGCAAUUGGUAAGAACGGCGUUGCUGCGAAACCAAAAGAAACCAAACGGCGACCGGCGCUACUUGGCAUAGGUGCAAAGGAUGAUGCUGCUAUAGGCGUAGAGCUUGGAGAAUGGGGUGGUGGAAAAGGCAAAGGGAAGAAAGUCGCGCAGAGCUACAACCCCGUUACGCUGCGGAAUAAGAAUACUGGCGAGAUUAUCACAGAAGAGGAGUUGAAGGCGAAACUUGAAAGCCAGAGCAUGAUCCCGGAUGAGAAGCCGUCGAGAAGCAAGAGCAAAUACGACGACGAUAGCGAGGAAGAUGAGCGAAGGCGUGAAAAGCGGAGAGAGAAGCGAGAUGACCGCGACCGCGACCGCCGACGUGACGAUGACUAUGAUAGCGAACGGAGGAAGGACAAGGACCGUCGAAGAGACAAGGAUGACUACUACGACAGCGAUCGCCGCCGAGACAAACGAAGAGAUCGAGCUCGAGACGACGAAUACGAAAGCGAGCGCAGGCGCGAGAAGCGAAGAGAACGUAGUCGUAGCCCCGACGACCGAAAGGAUAAACGCCGUGAUCGGUACCGCAGCAGAAGUCGGGACUCGAAGCGGAAAAGCGACCGGAAAGACCGUAGUCGGAGUCGCGAUUCUGACGAUCGCAGGAAACGGAGGAGAGAUAGGGAGUAUGAGGAUGAUGGGAGGUAUGAGAAGAAGAGGCAUAGGGAUGAUAAGUACUACAAGUAA